ACUUAGCUUUACGUGGGUGGUUGGCUUUGUUAAGCAUAUGGGGGACCGUGAUUUUAAAUGAACAGACUUGCACCUCAGGUGUCGCUCCACCAGGUAGACGAAGAGAAGAGAUUUAGCGAGUGACGCCAGCGUCAGUUUUCUCUUAAAAUAAGAGGCUACCUUCUUUCUGAAGAGAUUUUCACACUCAAGUGUAUGGUGCCUCCUUUAUAAGGCUAUACCUGUGAAGAAAUCAAAGCAGAAGGAAAAGGAAGAUGCUGCCAUGAUUUGAAGCUUUCACGUUGUAAAAAACAUGGAGCUAAGAGGGGUCCUGUCUGAGAAAGAUAAUUGUGAACAGGAGUCUUUCCAUUGCAUUAAGAAGAACUGCCACAUGAAACAGGAGGACUGUGAAUGGGAACCUGCUGAAAAAAAUAAUAAAGCUAUUGACCAGAUUUACAAAGAAACAUCUUCUGCCCUUUGUCUUCACUUACUUUACCAAAUGAAAGCCAUGACACUAUGAGGAAACUGAUGUUUGUAUCUGAAACAACUAAGCGACACAGUAAAAGAUUUUCAGUCGUGGGUGGACUGCAGAAGUGCACAAGAACUUGUACCAGAUUCAUGGACAGAGGUGGUCUACCUAGACGCACCAGAAUACAGGGAGAUGUGACGGCACAUUGGUGUUCUGAUUGCUGUAAAUGGUUUUCAAGCAUUAGCAGUCUUAACAGACACAGGAGAAUUCAUGCUGGGGAGAAACCGUAUUGCUGUUCCGAAUGUGGGAAACCAUUCUCGUGUGAGAGCAAUCUUCAGACACACAUGAGGAUUCACACUGGAGAGAAACCGCAUGGCUGUGCUGAGUGUGGCAAGCGAUUCUCACAGAUCAGCAGUCUUCAGACUCAUAAGAGGAUUCACACAGGAGAGAAGCCGCACUCUUGUUUUGAAUGUGGCAAACGAUUUUCACAACUCAGCCAUUUACAGACGCACUCGAGAAUUCACACUGGAGAGAAGCUGCACGGUUGCGCUGAAUGUGGCAAACGAUUCUCGUGUGUAAGCAACCUUCAGACACAUAUUCGGAUUCACACUGGAGAGAAACCGCAUGGCUGCAUUGAGUGUGGCAAGAGAUUCUCGCAGAUAAGCAGCCUUCAGACGCAUAAGAGGAUCCACACAGGAGAGAAACCGCAUUGCUGUAUCGAAUGUGGCAAAAGAUUCUCAUGCUUGAGCAGUUUUCAGAGACAUAUGAGGAUUCAUACUGGAGAGAAGCCACAUUGCUGUUCUGAAUGUGGCAAACUAUUCUCACGACUUGACUACCUUCAGACACACGUCCGAAUUCACACUGGAGAGAGACCCCAUUGUUGUUCAGAAUGUGGACAACGUUUCUCAAAAAUCAGCAAUCUCCAAAGACACGUGCGAAUUCACACCGGAGAGAAACUGCAUUGCUGUUGUGAAUGUGGGAAGCUGUUUUCACGCAAAAGUGGCCUUCAGAGACACACCAGGCUUCAUGCUGGGAAUGGUGAAACAUCAAGAAAUGCGAUCCGAGAUAUACAUCACAUCAAAUAUGUGAGUUUUAAACUGAGAUCAACUGAUUUGAGACGAGGUCCUACACUCCAGAAAGAGAAGAAUGUGGUAUUGAAUGUGUGUGUCUCAGCUGCGGAGGCCAUGGAGCAAAGACCACAGCUGAUCAAAGAAGAGGAUUGUGAGUGGGAGUUCAUUCCCGCUCCAGUGGCAGCACUCGGUGUGAAACAGGAGAUCUGUGAGUGGGGGACUGGUGAUAUCCAAGACAGGGAUUUUGAAGAGGGGCUUGUCAUUGUUAAAGUAGAAGAUUCUGAGCUUCUGUCUGUUGUGCAAAGCGGUGCAACUGGAAACAGUCUGAAGGAAGAUGAGUCUUUAGAGAAUGAGUACAGCUUAAGAGACCAUCUGGAAGUUAAACAGGAGAUGACUGAUUUUGAGUCUAUGCAGGAGACCGAUUGUUUUUCACAUCAAGAUUCUGUUAAAGUGAAGACUGAAAUGUUGGCAUCCGAUGGUGGGAUAAAUGGCUGUUAUGGCAGAGAAGAACAGGAUCAACUCUCAUCUGUUCAUCAGCUUGAGAAAUCAGAUUUUCAAGACAAAGGCGCCAGCACCCUGUCUUCCCUGGCCACUCAGCAACAUGAAAACAUAAGAAAAUUGAUAGUCUUGUCCGAAAGUAAGAAUCUGAGCUCACUGCACGGUAGGAGAUUCUCUAAUAUGAGUGGACUUCAGAAGCACAAGAGAAGUCGCACCGGUUUCUCAAUCAGAAACAGUCUUCAGAGACAGAGACGGAUUCACACAUUAGAGAAGCGCCAUUGCUGUCCUGAAUGUGGCAAACUCUUUUCAUAUGUAAGCAUUCUUCAGAGACAUAUGAAAAUUCACACUGGGGAGAAGCCACACUGCUGUUCUGAAUGUGGGAAACUUUUCUCCCGUAUUAGCAAUCUACAAACUCACAUGAGGAUUCACACUGGGGAGAAACCGCACUGUUGUUUUGAAUGCGGUAAACAUUUCUCACGACUAAGUAGUCUUCAAAAACACAUGAGGAUUCAUACUGGGGAGAAGCCACACUGCUGCUCUGAAUGUGGUAAGCGAUUCUCAUGCAUCAGCAGUCUUCAGAGGCAUAUGAGAAUUCACACUGGGGAGAAGCCACAUUGCUGUUUUGAAUGUGGAAAGCAAUUCUCACAAAUAAGCAAUCUUCAAAAGCAUACCAUAGUUCACACGGGAGAGAAACCCCACUCUUGUUCAGAGUGUGGUAAACGAUUUACACAAAUAGGCAGCCUUAAGAUACACAUGAGAAUUCACACAGGAGAGAAACCACACUGCUGUGCCGAAUGUGGGAAAUGUUUUGCCUGUGUCAGCAGUCUGAAUAUUCAUAAAAGGAUUCACACCGGCGAGAAGCCGCACUGCUGCUCUGAAUGUGGGAAAAGAUUCUCACAACUGGUUCACCUGCAGAAUCACAGACGAAUUCACACCGGAGAGAAACCGCACUGCUGUUCCGAAUGUGGAAGACGAUUCUCAUGCACAAGCAGUUUGCAAAGACAUAUGAAAAUUCACACUUUGGAGAAACCACAUUCUUGUUCCGACUGUGGCGAGCUGUUCUUAAGACUCAGUGAUCUUCACAAACACGUCCGCAUUCACACUGGGGAGACUCUUUAUUGUUGUACUGAAUGUGGGUAUCAGUUCUCAAAAAAGAACAGUCUUCAGAGACAUAUGAGGAUUCACACUGGGGAGAAGCCAUACUGCUGCUCUGAGUGUGGGAAGCGGUUUUCACGUAAAAGUGGGCUUCAGAGACACACUCGGAUUCAUUCGGGAAAGGCUGUCAAGUCCGCUACUCUACAUGCCCAGUAAUAAUAACUCUUUUCAUUUAUAUAGCGCUUUUCUCACUACUCAAAGUGCUACAGUUAAGGGCCUUGCUCAAGGGCCCGACAGA